AAUUUUGAUCUAUCAAUACAGUCCAAACCUAUGAAUAAAUAAACAAAAAAAAAGUCUACAAUUUACAUACAAAAUUUAUGUUUUCUAUGUACCGACAUCUAGAAUCUAAUGCUUUGGUAGUCGAGCUUAAUAAUAAUACUAUAAAACUUCGCUUUCCAUCAAAUAAAACGGGACCCCGUAAUCACCCCAUAUAAGAUCGCCCUUUUGUUCAUUCAAUAAUUGCACAACAAAAGCGACGGAACUAAAACGAACUAUCUUACAGAUUUCAUUCACAAAAUUCUCUAACUUAUGUUGGAGUACUAUAGAGUCAUAGUUGUAUAUCAAACUUUCUUGUUUUCCUGGAAAAAUAUUAUUCUAUAGACAGACUAUGAGCAGGGAAAAAUGGACUGUAAUGUAAUGAACUACGGAUGGUAUUAGUAUGUAUGUUUUUUUGUUGGAAUUCAUAGCGCGUGCCGCUUCGCAGGGGUGCGCGAGAGUCGUUUGUCGUUUCCCGGCUUUUUUUAAAUUUUGAAAUUCGAAUUCCCCUUCAGUCGACGGUUGAAUUCGGAAACGGUAGGAUGUGUAUAUUGUGAUUCUAUAUUGAAAAAAAUUAAAUGUACAUUUCGUAAUAAACAAUGUGAAUAAUUUGUUUGUGCUUAAACAGUCAAGUGUAUUUAAGAGAAAAAUAAAACAGUUACGAAAUUAGUGCGCCAUUAGGGUCGAUGACCUCAUUUUAAAAAAGUAUUUUAAGUUAUUUGUUUUCUUGUUAACAUGACGAUGUGCAAACAGUUCUUCAGAAAGGCUUUUUGUUGCUACUAAGAGACGUUCACCGUUCCAGCCUAAGAAGCACCCUUCGAGGAAAGCGAAGCGGAAUCACGCUUCAGGAAACACGAAGGCGGGAAAGAUCAGACAAAAAUGGACUCGCCUAAAAUCGUAUACAAAUAUUAUUCGAACCCAGCAUUCUGUUCACAGAGCGAAGUGGUCUUUCAGAAGGCAUGCGUUACCAAAAUAGUGGCACCCGACAGACCACGAAUGCCUCCUCUGGGAGGUAAUUCGCCGAGGAAGAUCGAGGUCUGCAACCGUAUAGUCAGAACGGAUAUUUCAGACAACCCAAUAAGGAUGUCUCCGGCAGGUCGUAACAGAGACGAGCCCCCGGAAUUACCGCCGAAACCGCUCAAAUACCAGCCCAGGUUCCAGAGACAGGCGUCCCUGGUCCACAAGCCGACGAGACGCGUCCGAUGCAGAACUCGAAGCGAAGACCUAGAAAUGGCGCAGUUCAAACAGGAAAGGAAUUCAAAGCUUAAUAUCACCAUCCACAAUGACGGCGUCGACACGCUUAAGGAUCGUUACGAAAUUAUACGCGAUAUGGAUGAUUUUGAUUAUUCGCCGACAAAGAAACGUAUAGUUGAAGCAGAUCCCAGUGAAAUCGAGGAAUACAACGUGGACGGACCCGACGAGAACGAAUUGAAGGAGAUACCUACGGAAAUAGUGAAAACGGUCAAUGGCAGAACGCAUAGAUACGCGAUCGUGCCCACAGAUGACGUCGAGCCGGUCAGAAAGAACGCGGUGACAUUCAGUUCUCCUGUCAUGUCGCAGCAGAACCUGAUAGCCACGCAGAAACUUCACGAAUUAUUGUCGACUCCGCGGAAAUUGAGAAGCUAUCCCUCACAGCCGUCUGUGAGGAUAACACCUAAUAAAAACCAAGCGAGCCCCAUUAAGUACGGCACGCCUCAAAGAAUGGUAUCCAGCACUCCGACCGACGGAGUGGCUCGAUCCAGAUCGUGCGCUAAUCUCACUCUCUCACGGAACACAUCGCCUAUUUCACCUAAAGCCCAACAGAAGUUGAGUUAUGGAAUUGGAGACGAUGCGGACAGGCCGGACGUGUUUGUGACUAGCGUCCGAGAGAAGAGCAGGGACAGUUUUGAGAGAGAUUUAAGCAGAGAGAGCAGAAGGGAGAGGAGAAGAGACAAGAAUACGGCUGUUAUCGUACCAAGAGUGGCACCACCGCCGUCGACAAUAUCAGAAGACACGUACAAGUCCAUAUCAAGCUUGAAGACGACUCCGGGCACCGCAUCAUUGACGAUAGCAACGCUGAUAUUGACCCUCUGUGGAGGACUCAGCACCGGCCUAAGUUUCUAUAUGAUGUAUGCUAUCGGUCGCAAAUAUUACCUAGACUUUAGCGUGCUAUCAGGUUUCACCUGUUUCAUCCUAGGACUUUUAGGUUUCAGAUCGAAAAGACACAGGCUGUUACCUAACAGAAAUUACGUAUCAGGGUACAUAGUGCUAUCGUCUUUCUCGCUGCUCAGCGCUUUCGGGCUACUUGUUCUGCUGUCGGUACAGCCGAAGUCCGGGACGCCACUGAGCGAUAUAACAUCGGGCGCGGUCUGCGCUGUGUCCGUACUCGCGCUGGGUGUGGCCUGUCUGGGCGCCGUCGUGUCUUACUGCUGCGCGAGCGACCCGCCAGACAACAGAGUCGCCAGUGUACGUUAUUGAGGUUAAAUUGCAGCUUUUUAUCCUAUGCUUGAGAGGCUAUUUCAGCUUCGCCCUAACAUGUGAGCUCACGGGGCUCAAAACGGAGUGUUGCUAACACUGGUCUUAACAAGAGCAGUGCUUCGCAGAAUCUACCAGCGGAUCGGAAACGCGACCCACUGAGAAGAUCCGGUGAGAAACUCAGUGGGCUGAUGGCAGCAAAAUCGAAAUGUAAAAUGAAAGUCGAUUUAGUGUUGAAUUUUUGUGCGUGCUUACACAACGUUACGUGCUACAGCAAGGACAACGCGAUUACAAACAUUCUAGCAAUUUCGUUGCUUUUAUUUAGAUUAAAUGACAGUUUUGAAUUUGCGCAAACGUCACUGUCAUUUUUGAGGCAAAGGCUUCUAGUAAGUAUAAUGCCAACAAAAGCACGUUCCUACAAUGUUGCAUAUUGCGCUACCUUAUUUGGCUCCUAUCCCGCGGACACUUUUGAAUACAUUGAAGAGAUGGUACUCCUUACUUCAACCCUCAAUAAGCAUAAGGCUGUAGAACGCCAAAAAUUCGACAUUAAAACAUUUCUGUACAAUUAUUUAUAUUUAUUAUAAAUGAAUUACGGCCUUUUUUGUAAUAAAUAAAAAUUAAUUAUCUACAUAAGUAACACUUUUAUUUGUAAUUAAAUUUUUUUUUUUUUUCUAAUUAGCCAAAGAAAAGGUAUUGCGUAAGUAUGAUAGAUGAAUCUAAGAGAAUAUCUUUGAAAUAAGUCAUUUAAAAUUGGUUCACGAUUAACUUAAAAAAAAACGUAUAAAAGUUUGUAUAAUUAUAUUGUAAAAUUCAUAGUUAAUAGGUAUUAUAUAAUUGAUUAAAUACACCAAAAAGUAUAUAAGUAUAUUUACUAUUUCAAUUUAAAACUUAAUUAACACAUAUACAUUUGAAGUCGUCGUGGCCUAAGGGAUAAGACGUCCGUCCGGUGCAUUCGUAUGUAGCGAUGUGCCGGUGUUCGAAUCCCGCAGGCGGGUACCAAUUUUUCUAAUGAAAUACGUACUCAACAAAUGUUCACGAUUGACUUCCACGGUGAAGGAAUAACAUCGUGUAAUAAAAACCAAACCCGCAAAAUUAUAAUUUGCGUAAUCACUGGUGGUAGGACCUGUUGUGAGUCCGCACGGGUAGGUACCACCACCCCGCCUAUUUCCGCCGUGAAGCAGUAAUGCGUUUCGACUCGAAGGGUGGGGUAGCCGUUGUAACUAUACUGAGACCUUAGAACUUAUAUCUCGAGGUGGGUGGCGCAUUUACGUUGUAGAUGUCUAUGGGUUCCGGUAACCACUUAACACCAGGUGGGCUGUUAGCUCGUCAAUCCAUCUAAGCAAUAAAAAUAAAAAAAAACAUUUUCUAACGUUAAUUAAUAUUGGAGCAUAUACUGGUGGUAGGACCUCUUGUGAGUCCGAAAAGUUUAUUUUAUUUUUUCGCUCCGCGCGGGUAGGCACCACCACCCUGCCAAUUUCUGCCGUGAAGCAGUAAUGCGUUUCAGUUUGAAGGGCGGGGCAGCCGUUGUAACUAUACUUGAGACGUUAGAACUUAUCUCAAGGUGGGUGGCGCAUUUACGUUGUCGAUGUCUAUGGGCUCCGGUAACCACUUAACACCAGGUGGGCUGUGAGCUCGUCCACCUAUCUAAGCAAUAAAAAAAAGCAAAUUUUAUGUAUUCUCUUGUAACAUAGUUUUUUUUUUUUAUUAAUUUAUGAGUUCCUCAAGUCGAAGAGAGACGAAUGUGUUUUAUUAAAAGCCUACUAAUUAAUUAUUUUCUAAUAUAUAUACGUAAAUUAGAGUUUUAAAUACUUCAACUCUCUCACUAAUCUUGUUUAAGUAAUAGUAGGUACCUAUGAGAAUAAUAAGGAUAUGGACAUAAUUAGACAAUAAGUAAUGCAAAUAAUUUAAUACAAAUGUUAAUAAUUGUGAAAAUAAAAAUUGUUCGCUUA